ACGAGCUCUGUUUAGGUCACGUGUAGCCGGCGCAGGGCAGCAUGGCGGAGGGUUCUAGAAAACCGCAGCCUGGCAGUGGCAAGAAUCGUCCACGGGAAACCAAGCCUGUGGAUGAAUCCGAGCUGCUCACCGUUCCUGAUGGCUGGAAAGAAGAGCCGUUCACUAAGGACGACAACCCAAAGGGGCUGCUGGAGGAGAGCAGCUUUGCCACCUUGUUCCCCAAAUACAGAGAAGCUUACCUCAAAGAGUGUUGGCCCCUAGUUCAGAAGGCGCUAAAUGAGUAUUCUGUGAAAGCAGAAUUAGAUUUAAUUGAAGGCAGCAUGACUGUUACCACUACUAAGAAGACGUAUGAUCCUUAUAUUAUAAUACGAGCAAGAGACUUGAUAAAAAUGCUAGCCAGAAGUGUGCCCUUUGAGCAGGCUGUGAGAAUCCUCCAGGAUGACAUGGCCUGUGACAUAAUUAAAAUUGGAACAUUGGUCCGAAACAGGGAGAGACUUAUUAAGAGGAGACAGCGGCUUCUGGGACCGAAGGGAUCAACUCUGAAGGCUCUGGAGCUGCUUACCAACUGUUACAUAAUGGUCCAGGGGAACACCGUGUCUGCUCUGGGGCCCUUCAGUGGCCUUAAAGAGGUCAGGAAAGUUGUUCUGGAAACAAUAAAGAACGUUCAUCCCAUUUAUAACAUAAAGGCCCUAAUGAUCAAACGAGAGCUGGCUAAAGAUCCAGAAUUGAGGACAAAAAGUUGGGACAGGUUUCUACCAAAGUUCAAGCACAAGAAUGUGAGCAAGAGGAAAGAACCAAAGAAGAAAAGGAUAAAGAAAGAGUAUACACCGUUCCCACCUCCUCAGCCUGACAGCAAGAUUGACAAAGAAAUUGAAAGUGGUGAAUAUUUCUUGAGAAAAAGCCAAAAGAGGAAGAAGAAACUGGACGAUAUAAGGACGAAACAAGCUGAAGCAGUGUCAAGGAGGCAAGAAGAGAGAAACAAAGCAUUUAUCCCUCCUGAGGAAAAACCUGUCCAAGAACCUAAGGAAGUUGCUGCUUCCACAAAGAUUGAUGUGAAUGCCAUUAAAGAAAAGGUAAAGAAAGCUAAAAGCAAGAAACUUGGUGCCCUCCCUGAGGAAGUAAAACAGAGGCUGCUGGAUGCCGACAAGAAAAAGACGAAAAAGAAGAAAUGAAAGUACUGUAUCAUCUUGGGUCUUUGAACUCUGCAAUCUGAUUCAUUUUCUUCCUAGGUGGAAGAGAUUUUUUUCUUUUUAUUUUUGUCCCUAAUCAAAUCAAUUUCUUCAAAGAAGAUGGGAGACUCCCAGGACUCUGUAUUACCUUGUGUUGCACCUGUCAUGUUUGUACAGUUAUUUGUAAUACUGUGAACUUUUCAACCACAUCAUAUUUGUCUUCGAUCUAGAUCAUAUUUGUAAAGGGUAUAGCAGGAAAACUGUUCCAGGUGUACCAGUCUCAGUUUUAUACCAGAUGUGUAAUUAAAGGGUAUGUCUAUGUUUUGAGCACCUUUUACUGGUUAUUUAGAGUAUACACAUAAUAUAUAAUGAAAUUAUUAGUAUAGUAACUACAUUGCUUUACUUUUCCUGUAAAGAACCUGAGUUACAGCCUGUAUAUAGCUUUGCAUUCACAAUUUUGCUCAAUGUUGUUGAAGGUCAACAGGCAUUAAAAAGGUAUUCUGGUUGGAACAAUUUAUCUCCUUUCCACUGGAUAGGAGAUAACUGUUAAUGUUGUAGCCCGACUACUGGGACCCCCACUGAUCCAUAAGAAAUGGGAGACCAGUGUACCCAGUCUUGAAUGGAUCGCUGUUUGAGGAGGCGCAGGACUGCUUUUUUCAAAGUUUAUGGGACAGAUGGAGAUAGCCAAGCACUGUGCUUGGCUAUCUCCAUCAGUCCCAUAGACUUUUAAAUGAGCAGGUCUUCACAUGUUGGCCCAGCUCUAGAUUUAGACACAGGGUACAUGCGUCUCCUGUUCUUGUGUUGGGUGUUCCAGCAGUUGGACAGUUAACUCUUUGUAUCCCUAUGAAUAAAGUAUAACUCCCAAGGAAAGCUAAGAACCAUAUUGCUAAUGGCACAUUAUGGAAUGUGGGCAGCUCUGUCCGUAGGGAAUAGCCUUUUCUAACCGGAAUACCCAUUUAACAACCGAAUACAAUUGUCACAUCAAUGAAUGCUUUGAGAUUUGAUCUCUGAAGCCUAUAGAUCUGUGAUUGGAGCUCUGGACUACAAUGCUAGCUGUAACUAAGGAUCAAGAAGGAAAAAUAAAGCACUGUAUGUACACAUUCUACUUUUCUUUUAAAUAAUUUCUGUAUGUAAGCUAUGAAAAAAGUCCAAGGAUACCAGGGACAGCCAUUUCUGUAGGCUUGUUCAUAUAGCCAUGGAUGUCAGGCAGUCUUAGAAAUGGAUAUUCAAGCAUCCAAAAAUAGAAUAAAACUUGACAUAUUUACAUAUAGUUAUAAUAACAUGGUUAAAAAAAAAAAAACCUCGCCUUAGGGUGCAUUCAAAAGAAACCUUAAAAAAAAGCUGGUU